AUGGCCAAAAAACUAAAGGAUCUUCGCGAAUGGGAGAUCAUAUUCAAAGAAGAAAACAGUGCAGAUCCCUCUACACCAAGCAGGCGUAGUCGAAGAGGUGCCGAACAGUCACAAUCGAUAAAAGUUCACAGAGAAGUGGAUGAUACAACACUAGCGAAAGGUGACUGCCUUCUUCUCAGUGGCGACUCCAAGCAAGGAAAAGGUGGCUCAUACAUUGGAGUUAUUGCUGAUAUAUCAAUGGGUAUCCAGAAGUAUCUCGAUAUCACCGUCAUAUCUUUCGUGAAAGCCCUGGAGAUCAACCCUGAUAUUCUUACAGACAAGGUAGAAGGCGAACUUCUCAUAACAUGUGAAACAACAUCAAUCAAAUUGACAGAUUUUGUUGAGAAAGUUACUGUUCUCGCGUGUAACGAGUAUCAACAAGUGAAGGAUGGAGGCAUCUUGUCGUCCUCUGUGUUUUUUUGCCGGAAAGCCACGGAUCGCAUGCAUCAACAGCUUUCCCCAGAAUUCGAUUUCAAAGAAUGGCACCAGUUUUUGCUCGAAAAUAUGCAAGAGGCUAUCAGCUACUUGGCUGAUCGUACACUGGUAAUUAUCUCGCCAAAGAAAUGUAAGAGAGUUCUAAAAAGUAUUCACCAGAGUCGCCAAGUGUCUCCAUCACCAAGCAAAGUCAAAACUUACAACGAAGAUGAUUAUGCUGAUUACGAUUCAUCGGACGAGUCCAGAUUUGAUCUGAGCUCAGAUGAAAAUGACGAUCCUGAAGUAAAAAAACCUACGAAGCUUGUAUCUCCCCGCAAACGCAAGGCUCAAUCGGUGAAUUCAACACCCAAAAAGAAGGCUAGAGAAGCUGCCCUGGAAUCCGGUGCCUUGAAACAAGUCUUGAAUGUCCUCUCUCCUUUGAAGAAAGGAUUCAAAGUGAAAUCAAAUGCCGCUAGUCUUCCCUCAUUGUCAACUUCCAACCUGCCGACAAAGAAAAAGAAAUCCACGACGUCUGAAGCAUUCAGAGAACUCCGUGAAAAAUUACAUACUUCUAUCCGUAUCGAUCUGCUCCCCUGUCGUGAGGAGGAAGUCGAACAAUUAUACAUGAAUUUAGAGAGUGCCGUGAUGGAAGGUGUGGGAUGCUGCUUGUAUGUGAGUGGAACCCCUGGUGUGGGCAAAACUGCUACGAUCAGAGAAGCAAUUGGCUCCUUGAGAGAGAAUGUCACACUGGGCUAUGUAGACGAUUUCGAUUUCCUUGAAAUCAAUAGUCUCAAACUAGUUUCGCCCAUAACAGCCUACGAAAAGUUAUGGGAGCAUUUAUGGGGAAUUAAGGUUACCCCUUCGAAUGCUUCGCUAUUGUUGGAGGAGUACUUUGGACGGAAGGAGCCAGACGACCGUAAACCUCUCAUUGUAGUCAUCGACGAGUUGGACCAGCUUGCAACAAAAAAUCAGAAUGUGAUGUAUAACUUUUUCAAUUGGCCAACUUAUCCCAAUUCCAAACUCAUCGUCGUCGCUAUCGCAAACACCAUGGACCUUCCAGAGAGACUCCUAUCAAACAAAAUUGCCUCCAGAUUGGGUCUUCGUCGGUAUACCUUCAGAGGUUACACUGAGGACGAGUUAGGAACUAUCAUUGCACACAGACUUACCCUACUCAAAAAUGAAAACAAGAGAAAAGUAACAGUCUCGGAAGAUGCUAUGACAUAUGCUUCCAAAAAGGUGGCACUUGUCAGUGGUGAUGCACGGAGAGCUUUGACAAUUUGUCGCCGUGCUGUCGAAAUUGCCGAACAAGACUACCUACAAAGUACUAACACCAGUGGCCUACGCGAAGACGAGCAGACAUUCUCCGUUCGUAUCUCACACAUCAGCAAAGCUAUAGAAGAAACCACAAACUCGCCACUUAAACAGUUCAUUGCCGAACUUCCUUUUACGGCUAAACUAGUGUUGACCGGUAUACUCCUUCUUGUGCGAAGAUCCGGUGUUGGCGUUGUGCCUCUAGGUGACGUUAUUGAUGAGAUGAGAAUAUCUUUGUCGCUCCUCACAACACAAAAAUCCACCCAAAUUCUUCAAGACUUACCUGGUCAUGUCACAUACAUGAGUCUCUUAUUUAGUGACGAUUCGAAAGGUGCCUCAAUAUCAAUGGUACGUAGCAAGCACUUGGAGUACACUGUUAACGGCCUAGUCGAACAGGGGAUUAUUUUACAACAGAAUGUUAAUAGCCAGCGUUAUAGACUGGUUUCUCUCAAUGUUUCAGAAGAUGAACUUCUUUCUGUUAUGAGAAAAGAUCCCGAUUUUGCAGCCAUGAUAUAG